AUGGCUUGCUGCAUUAAUGUUGCACGUUUAUUUUGUACGCUAUGCAUAUUUAUUGGUUUGACUAGUCUUGUUCAGUUUGGUUUGGGCAUCUACGUAGCUUUUAUUCGAAAUGAAACGUUUUUAAUCAACCGUCUUGUCAAAAUAGAUAAUUAUGAUUCAUAUCUACUUUAUAUUAUUCUUGUUUUCACUGGAUUAGGUUUGAUUUCAUUGGUAUUAUCGUUUCUUUCAAUUUAUAGCACUAUUCGAAGAUUUAAAUCCCUAUCAUUAUUUGUUACUGUUUUUUGGAUAUUUGCAGCAGCACUUAAUAUCGUUAUUCUCAUUGUGUCACUACUCUAUUACUUCUCUACUCUUCCAAAACUAAGUACUUUAUUGAUACCUACACUGCGGCAACCAUCACAAUCAAUCAAUGAUCUUCAAUCUGAAUAUAAUUGUUGUGGAAUUAAUGGUAAAGAUGAUUAUAUUAAUCUUAGAUUAGACCCAUUGCCUUCAUCAUGUUGUCGUGAACCACAAUGUUGGCGUGAUUCAGACAUUAAUGAUUAUAAUGGUUCAAAUAGUACAAAACAAUUAAUACAUAUUGAUGGUUGUUUUCCGUUGAUUAGUAGAUUUGUAACUAUAGAAUUAUUAGGACUUAUUGGUGGAAUUGGUUUUAGUGUUUUAUUACAAAUAUUAGCUGUUACAUUUAUGUGUUGUCUAUAUCAACGUUUUCAAAAAUUUGAUAAUGAUCCGAACUUUGUAAUUAACCAUUUGGCUAGUGAAAAAUCAAUGAAUGACAGUUACGGUUGUUUGAAAGGCUCAUCAAAAACUAUUGAAGAAACAGUCGAAAUAACUCAGAUUUAA